GCAAUUAUGUUUUGAAUAAAAUUGUGAUUGUUUUUUCUGGUCCAUAUACUUUUCCAUUAACCUAAAAUAAUGGUUUAUUUCAGAACAUAUGAUAAUUGUGAAGUGUCUCCAGGGCCCCAUUUGAACAUGAUAGUAGGAGCCAAUGGAACAGGAAAGUCAAGCAUUGUGUGUGCCAUCUGUCUGGGAUUGGCUGGAAAACCUUCUUUCAUAGGGCGUGCAGACAAGGUCGGUCUGUAUGUGAAGCGAGGGUGUUCUAAAGGCAUGGUUGAAAUUGAACUAUUUAAGAUUCCUAGUAAUCUCGUCAUCACUCGUGAGAUUCAAGUAGCAAACAAUGCAUCAACAUGGUUUAUCAAUAAAAAACCUUCAACCCUGAAAACAGUGGAGGAGCAGAUUGCAGCCUUAAAUGUUCAAGUGGGCAAUCUGUGCCAGUUUCUUCCACAGGACAAAGUUGGGGAAUUUGCAAAGCUGUCCAAGACUGAGCUUCUUGAAGCCACAGAAAAAUCAGUUGGCCCACCAGAAAUGUAUCAAUUUCACUGUGAACUAAAAACCUUCAGAGAGAGAGAGAAAGAACUUGAGAAUUCAUUGCAAGAGAAAACCAAUUUCUUGGAGAAAAUGAAGCAAAGGAACGAACGGUAUAAGCAAGAUGUGGAGCGAUACUAUGAACGCAAGCGUCAUCUAGAUUUAAUAGAGAUGCUUGAGAGAAAAAGACCGUGGGUGGAAUAUGAAAAUGUUCGCCAACAGCAUGAGGAGGUGAAACAAAGCCGUGAUCGUGCAAAGGAAGAAUUGAAAAAACUACAACAAGCAAAGUCUCCAAUGACACAACAAAUCCAAGAAGUUGAAAAGCAAUGGAAAAAUUUGGAUUUAAAAAUCAAAGAGAAGGCAGCUGAAAUCAAAGAUACUUCUCAAAGGUGUAAACAAAAACAAGAUGCUGUUGAAAAGAAAGACAAACUAAUUGAAGAAAUUCAGCAAGCAUUGAGAAUGAAAAAAGAUGAAGAAAUGGAUCGACGAAAAAGAAUACACAUCACUCGUAAGAUGAUAGAGGACUGGCAGAAUGAGCUUAACAGUACAGAAAACUCUGAGAAUCUUCAGCCGCAAAUUGAUUAUAUUAACAACGAGCUGAGACAGUUGCAAGAAGAAAAGGCAAAUAUUGAUGGUGAAAUGACUGAUCUGCGAAGAGAGAGAGAAAACCUAGAGAGAGAAAAGAAAAGCGUAACUGAUCGCAUUGUACAGUUUAAUAAUAUGAUGAAUCUGAAGGAAGAUAAGCUCAGAGGGAGAUACAGAGACACAUACCAUGCUCUUCUGUGGCUAAGGGAGAACAAAGACCAAUUUAAAAGAAGUGUUUGUGAACCCAUGAUGCUUGCAAUAAACAUGAAAGACCAUAGACAUGCUAAGUAUGUUGAAAAUCAUAUUUCAGCUAAUGAUAUGAGGGCGUUUGUUUUUGAAAGUCAAGAGGACAUGGAAAUAUUUCUUCGGGAGGUGCGUGACCACCAGAAAUUAAAAGUUAACGCUGUAUGUGCACCCAAUGAGUCAUGUGCUGAAAACAGACCUUCAAGAUCAGUUGAAGAAUUGCACCAAUAUGGUUUUUUCUCUUAUUUACGAGAAUUAUUUGAUGCUCCUCAUCCUGUGAUGAGUUACCUUUGUUCCCAGUAUCGUGUUCAUGAAGUCCCUGUGGGAACUGAGAAGACCAGAAGCAUGAUUGAAAGGGUCAUACAGGAAACCAAAUUUAAGCAAAUCUACACAGCAGAAGAAAGGUAUUCAGUGAAAGUGUCAUCUUAUACAAACCAAACUAUUUCUAGUAACACAUCUCUGAGACCAGCGCAGUUUCUCACCGUCACAGUGGAUGCAGAUGAAAGAAAGCAGUUGGAAAACCAACUAAUGGAAAUUAAUAGAAAUUUGCAGCUCCGGGAUUCCCAAUUGCGUACAUUAUUUGAGAGGCAAAAGUGUCUGGAACGCAAAGAUAAUGAGCUGAGACAGCAAAAGAAAGAACAUUUGGAGAGAAAAAACAAAAGGAAACAACUGGAAUCAAAAAUUAGUAUGAAACAUGAUAGUUUGAAACAGAUGGAGCAAGAUACCAUCAAUCUAGAAGAGGAGUCUCAACAAACAAAUGCCAGGAUCAAAGAAAUUAAUAUCCAAAAAGCAAAAUUUGUUACAGAAUUAAUGCAACUCAUAAAGAACUGCAUAACAUUGAACAUCCUCAAAGUGGAUUUGGUUCUUGAGAGCACUACAGUGACUUCCAAGAAGAAUAGACUAGAAUCUGAUUAUAAAGCAGCAACUGUACAACUAAGAGCUUUAGAGCAACAAGUUUCUGACUUGGGUGAAAGAAAACGUGUUCUUUUGGAGAGGUGCAAGGGAUUGAUGAAGAAAGCUAGACAGGCAUGUAAUCUCACACCUGAUCAAGAAAUUCCAAAAGACUUUCAGAUGGCAUUCCAGGACCUUCCAAACACAUUGGAUGAAAUUGAUGCUUUACUGAAUGAAGAGAAAUCAAGAGCUUCCUGCUUCACAGGCCUAAAUGCUUCAGUUGUGGAAGAAUACAAUAAAAGGGCACAAGAAAUACAGCAAGUAACGGAGGAACUAGAGGAAAAGAAAAGUGAAUUGGAGAGCUAUAGGCAAAACAUUUCACAAGUUAAAGAAAGGUGGCUAACACCUUUGAAACAGCUGGUUGAACAAAUUAAUGAAAAGUUCAGUAGUUUUUUUAGUUCUAUGCAGUGUGCUGGUGAAGUUGAUCUUCAUACAGAAAAUGAGGAGGAAUACGACAAAUAUGGGAUUCGAAUUAGAGUUAAAUUCCGUAGUAAUACCCAACUGCAUGAACUGACUCCCCACCAUCAGAGUGGAGGUGAGAGAAGUGUUUCAACUAUGUUGUACUUGAUGGCUCUGCAGGAACUCAACAGAUGUCCUUUCAGGGUUGUAGAUGAAAUAAAUCAGGGAAUGGACCCAGUCAAUGAGAGGAGAGUUUUUGAAAUGGUUGUGAAGACUGCUUGUAAAGAGAGCACUUCUCAGUAUUUCUUUAUUACACCAAAGCUCCUGCAGAAUCUCACAUAUGUUGAAAAAAUGACAGUGUUGUUUGUCUACAAUGGACCUUUUAUGCUAGAACCAACUAAAUGGAACUUAAAGGCAUUUCGUAAGAGGCGACGACAAAUUGAGCAAAUGGAUCAGUAGUGAAUUCCUAAGCCAAACUCUGCCCCCACCUCCCCCCCUCCCCCCCAAAUUUUAGCUUUUUAAACAAAAAAUGUAUUUGGGUCACUAGCCUUGUUUGUAUUUCUCAGAAGGAAGACUCCUUCAUCACUUCAAAAACAAUUGUUCUCUCCUGGAGAACUACAAACAAGAUAGCUUCUGGAAAUAAAAUCAGUUUAAAUGUU